AAGUGGAGAGGGGACCUCGAGGUUCCCUCUCCCGACCAAAAGUGCAAAGAAUAAAAAAACGCACUACUCUAAUUAAUCUUUAUUCCUCUCGAUCCUUUGCUUCAAAACCUUGCACACUCACAGUCACAGCUCAGUACAAAGCAGCAGCUGAUGCAUUGUUCCCUUUUGCCUUUCCUAUCUAUCUCACCCAAAACCAAAUCAAAGCAAAUCAAAAUGGCUUCCUCCUCCUCCUCCUCCUCCUCCUCAUCAUCAUCGUCGUCGUCGUCGUCGUCGUCGUCAUACUUAUCACUCCUUUUCCUGCUCCUGAUCAUCUCUGUGAUCAUCUCCUCCUCCUCCUCUCAGUCGACCUUGUGCCGCACCGCCUGCGGCGGCAUUCCGAUACGCUACCCCUUCGGCAUCGACGACGGCUGCGGCAGCCCCUACUACCGCAACAUGCUCGUCUGCAACUCCUCCAACUCCACCCUCCUCCUCCGCACUCCCUCCGGCACGUAUCCGGUCGCGUCCAUCGACUACGCCGAUCCCCACCUCAUCAUAACCGACCCCUCCAUGUGGACGUGCCCCCAUGCAGCAGCAGCAACAACAACAACGUCGGCAUCCGUUCGGUCCGCUGCGCCGCCGUUCAGCCUCGACACGAGCACGCGCUUCUCCCUCUCCUCGAAGAACGACUUCCUCUUCUUCGGCUGCGACCCCGACGCCGUCAUCGUCGCCCCGAAGCCCAACUACUGCGACCGCUUCCCCGACCGCUGCGACUCGGCGUGCGACAGCGCCGCGUACCUGUGCCGCAACCUGCCGGGCUGCCCCGACGCGAGUGCCGCCGCCGGCUGCUGCGGCUACAAUCCGAAGGCGUCGCAGUCGACGAGGAUGAUGCUGCGGCACUGCCGGUCGUACGCCAGCGUGUACUGGCGGACGGUCGGGGGAGGGCUGCCGCCGUAUGAUCAGGUGCCGGAAUACGGAGUCCGGGUCGACUUCGAGAUUCCGGUGACCACCCGCUGCCUGCAGUGCAGAGACACGAAUCGGGAUGGCGGGGGGUUGUGUGGAUUUGAUACCCGGACGAGAAGUUUCCUCUGCCUCUGCCAGGACGGGAAUGCCACCGCCUACUGUCCAGAUGGUGGAUUAUCAAGACAUCGAGCUUCAACUGGUGUAAUUGCAGGGACUGCUGUAUUCUCCAUUGGUGGGGCUGUGAGCGGUGGGUAUCUCGUCUGGCACUUCCUUAAAAGGAAAUCAAACAAAGUUGUGACAUGCGGUGUCCAAAGCAACGAAAACAGGAUCUUUUAAUUGCACCUUCCCUUUUUUCAUGCCCAUAUAUUUGGAUGGAUAACAGAGCUUUUGUCGUUUAUGCAUUUACCGAAUUUGUUUGGCCAUCAGAAAAUAUGGUAAUAACUUUGAUUUUCGGUUCCGUAUGUUUUUAAAAGCAUUCGACCAGAUUGUAUUAUAAAUUAACCAAUAAUUGUAA